GCGCUGGUGAUGAUGUUGCGCGAUUAUAAGAAAGUGGAGUAUCUCGACGUUGUCGCUCCUCCCAAUUACCACAACCAUAUUGACGAGAUUCGGCGCUUUCUCUUCCAGCCAAUCGACGGCACCCUCCGUCUACUAGGAAUGAAGUCAGAAAUUGUAUUUCUGAGUGUUGUGAUGCCAGCGGUUGAACCCAUUCAGAAAAUACAACGCGUCACGACCCCAUCCCCAUCCAGGCAAUUACCGCGUGGGCUUGAUCAGUACGUGCUGUCCAUAAUUUUCGGUUUUGCUGCCUCGCAAAUGUUUCGGAAGAUCUACUUCCGCAAGAUUGAGGACGAUGAUUUUGACAUCCUAAUAAUCGAGCCUCCUCUGUGA